GCCCUGAGGCUUCUUCGUUUAUUGAUUGACCUGCAAUGGCAUCGUCUACUGCUUCAUUGCUUAUCUCUGCUUAUCUACUCUGCUACUCUACUCUGCACUACUUGCUUCUGCUUCUGCUUGCUCUUAUGUUUGAAAACUUCAUCAGCUCUGAUGUUGCCUUCUUCAAAACUCCUCUGCCUUUUCUUUUCUUGAACUUAAAGAGUUGCUGCGGAGCUGCACUUCGUUACUCUGGCAGAUUCUAUGGAGACGAGAAGCAAACCCUAGAAGUAACAGAGAAGCGUGUGCCAUUGUUCAAAUCAUCAGCAGCUCCAUUUAUGAAACCAGAGCUAGUAACCCAAAAGAAGAGCAACAAAACCCGUCUCUUCAAAAUCCCAAGAUUCGGGGGAUUCAAAGUCUUCCCCGAGAAUUUCGAGAUCGAGAGAGACAAGAUUCUAGAUCCUGGUGGUGACGUGGUGCUUCAAUGGAACAGAGUCUUCCUCUUUUGGUGUCUCGUUGCUCUCUACGUAGACCCUUUGUUCUUCUUCCUAUCUUCAGUCAAACACACUGGAAGAUCCUCUUGUAUGACCACGGAUUUGAACCUUGGAAUCGUCGUGACUUUCUUCAGAACACUCGCGGAUCUCUUCUACGUCUUACACAUUGUCAUCAAGUUCAGAACAGCUUAUGUCUCUCGCACUUCAAGAGUGUUUGGUCGUGGAGAACUCGUGAAAGAUCCUAAAUUGAUUGCUAGAAGAUACUUGAGAUCAGAUUUCAUUGUUGAUCUCAUCGCUUGUUUGCCUCUUCCUCAGAUUGUCAGUUGGUUUAUCUUGCCAUCAAUCAGAAGCUCUCACUCAGAUCAUACUACAAAUGCUCUUGUUCUCAUUGUUCUUGUUCAAUACAUUCCUCGCCUUUACCUGAUUUUCCCUCUAAGCGCUGAGAUUAUCAAAGCAACAGGAGUCGUUACAACUACAGCUUGGGCCGGUGCUGCUUACAAUCUCCUUCAGUAUAUGCUUGCUAGUCAUAUUCUUGGUGCGGCUUGGUAUUUAUUGUCAAUAGAAAGACAAGCGACGUGUUGGAAAGCAGAAUGUCAUAAGGAAUUAGCGCCUAUACAAUGUGUUACCGAUUACUUUGAUUGUAGUACAAUGAACCAUGACGAUCGGAAUAAAUGGCAGAAUGUAACUGUUGUGUUCAGCAAUUGUGAUCCUUCGAAUGAUAUUCGAUUCACUUUCGGAAUUUUUGCGGAUGCUCUCACCAAAAGCGUGGUUUCUUCGCCUUUCUUGGAGAAAUAUUUGUAUUGCUUAUGGUUUGGAUUGCAGAAUCUAAGUUCUUAUGGACAGAAUCUUGAAACAAGUACCUCUGUUCUUGAGACAAUGUUUGCUAUCCUCGUGGCGAUCUUUGGUCUUGUUUUGUUUGCUCUUUUAAUCGGAAACAUGCAGACGUAUUUACAAUCGAUCACGGUGAGGCUUGAGGAGUGGAGAUUGAAGAGAAGAGACACAGAAGAAUGGAUGAGACAUCGUCAACUACCACAGAAUCUAAGAGAACGAGUGAGGCGUUUUGUUCAGUAUAAAUGGUUAGCGACUCGAGGAGUUGACGAAGAAACCAUUCUUCAUUCAUUACCAGCAGAUCUCCGUAGAGACAUCCAACGACAUCUCUGUCUCGACCUUGUUCGUCGUGUGCCACUAUUUGCGCAAAUGGAUGAUCAAUUACUAGACGCGAUAUGUGAACGGUUAGUGUCAUCUCUAAGCACACAAGGGAACUACAUUGUACGUGAAGGUGAUCCAGUGACGGAAAUGCUCUUCAUCAUCCGUGGAAAACUCGAUAGCUCGACGACUAAUGGAGGCAGAACCGGUUUCUUCAACUCAAUCACACUCAGACCAGGUGAAUUCUGUGGUGAAGAGCUUCUUGCUUGGGCAUUGCUUCCAAAAUCAAAAGUAAACUUACCAUCCUCAACAAGAACGGUGCGAGCGUUAGAAGAAGUUGAAGCCUUUGCUUUACAAGCAGAGGAUCUCAAGUUUGUGGCUAACCAAUUCAGACGUUUACAUAGCAAGAAGCUGCAACACACAUUCCGUUAUUACUCUCACCAAUGGAGAACUUGGGCUGCUUGUUUCGUACAAGUCGCUUGGAGACGGUAUAAGAGUAGAAUGUUGGCUAAGAGUCUUAGCUUGGCUGAGUCAUUCUCUUCUUAUGAAGAGGAAGAAGCUGUAGCGGUUGCUGCAACCGAGGAGUCGAGUCAUGAAGGAGAGACACUAACCGCUUUAACUCGUCAUCAUAGUUCUAAAAUUGGGAAACCGCAUUUUGCUGCAACGAUACUUGCUUCGAGGUUUGCUAAGAACACGAGGAGGACGGCGCAUAAAAUUAAGGACGUUGAGUUACCGAUGCUUCCUAAACCAGAUGAGCCGGAUUUCUCGGUGGAUGCAGAUUAACUUUUCUAUGUGAAUCUCUUUUUUAAGUUAGAAAAUCAGUUGGUUAAAAAUCAAAACUUGCUGUCUGAAGUUAAUUUCAAAAAUAUUCAGCAGUUUGUAUAAACACAGACUAUACAUCUGACUACUUUUUUUUCUUAGU